CUUUUUUCCAAAUGACUAGUUCACUUACUGACUUAUCCCGAUGGUCUUCUCGUAUAGAACAAAAUAAAACUGAACUACAAAUUGAACUGAAUAGAUGGAAAACUUAUCAAGAAGAAUACAAUGCUUUGGAAACUCAAUUACAAACUUUAUCUGACGAAACUGUCAGACCUGCUAUGAUUCCUUUUGGCAAGUUAGCUUUUAUGCCUGGAAAAUUGAUUCAUACCAACGAAAUUACUGUUUAUUUAGGGGAUCAAUAUUAUGUAGAACGUUCAACAAAACAAGCAUUAGGUAUCCUUCAAAGGCGAAAAGAAGUGGUUGACGAAAACCUACGGUUAGUAGAGGCUCAAUGGAAUGCCAUGAAAGCAAAGUCGGAUACAGUCAACAAAAAUUUAUUUCCUUCUGCUGAAGGUGUCAAUGAAGAAGGUUUACCCAUCAUGGAAAUUCGUGAAGAAAUACCUGAUAGUCCACCAAAAUCACCUAUUAAUACCAACAACAAUAUCGAACAACUUCCUAUAUCAUCAUCAUCAUCAUCUACUCAACAGAAUCUCGACGAUAAUAAUGAUUUGAUGAAAAUGCUCGAUGCACUGGAAUUAGAGGAAGAGGAAGAAGAAAGGGAAAAACAACAACAACUGAUGGAGAAACAGCUUGACUUUUUUGAAAUGGAAAAUGACAGAAACAACAAUGAUGAUUAUGAUGACGAAGAUCUGGAUGAUAUUUAUGAUACUGAAAUCGCUGACAAUAUGUUUGAUCACUUUGAAGAUGAUGAGGACUACGCAACACAAGGAGUGGUAGAUCAAGAAGAUUUUACAAUUCAAGAUGAUCUUAAUGAUACGAGCUUGGAAAAUCGAAACAAGAUAGAAUCAAUAGAUACUGAAGAACCUAUCAAGGAAAUCGUGGCAGAACGACUAGAAACGAAACCUUCCACAACUACCACCUUCACUGAAAUGCCAACAACGUCAACAAUUGAUGAUAUACCUCCACCACCUACAAAAAAGAAGAUCUCUAAAUUCAAACAGUUACAAAUGGAAAGUCAGAAGGAUAACGAAACAACUUCAGUUAUUGACGAUGAACAACCCAAGAAACCAGUCAACACAAUGCCCAAAUUCAAGGUUCAAAAGCCAGCUGAUAGAAAACGAAAACAACAACAACAACAACCAUCUCCUGUAUCUCCUCCAAUUUCAUCAUCACACAUUCCCGACGUCAUUCCACAAGAAUCAACCAAAGAAAUAGGACAAUCAUCAUCUUUAUCGACUGUACAACAACGUAUAUCCCCUCCUCCAGAAGAUAAGCCGAAGAAAAAGGUGUCAAAAUUCAAACAAUUCCAAGAACAACAGCGACAACAGCAGAAGACAUCAAUAGUAUCCACGACAAAAUCAAAAACCAACAAACCAAAAAAAGGAACACCAAUUGAUGUACCACAUAAAGACAUAGAAAAUCUUCCUCAUUCAAUCUCGAUGGCAGAUCAUUCAACCAAUGAUACCAGUAGUAUCAAUAAUAAGAAAGUGAGUUGGAAAAUGACAACAAGCGUACGUGAACACGACCGAUUAUCAGCACCACAGGCAGAUCCACAAGAUACUUACAACAAACCAUUAAAGGAAGCAGAUCAAGAAAACCAAUCCAUGCAAACCGUUAUUCGCUCUCCUUCUGAUAUUUUUCGUGUGGUGAAACAACAUCAACCUAAGCUGGAAGAAGACGGUUAUCCCUCUCUGGACAGAGACGACACAUUAUCCACAGCAACCAUCCAAGUCGAUUUACGUGAUCUGGCAAGCUCAGUAUCCUUAACUGACCCAAUACCCAUGUGGCGACCCAAUUACGAAGUGGAUGAAGAUAAACUACCGAUCACUCAACCAUUCAAAUCAUCGACUCCACAAGCAACAAUAAUGACACCUAAAAGCAAGAUGGAUACCAAUACAAUGCGUGGUGUUGUUAUGGAACGUGAAUCUGAAGAAUUGGAUUUGGAUGAAGUGACAGAUGAUAUGGAUUUUAAAGAGAUCAAAUCAACUUAUCAACAACAACGACAAAAUAUGUUGGCUACUAUGGGUGGACUUUCAUUUGACGUGAAACCUGAAUUUGAAGUAUUUGAUGAAGACUUGCCAUUACCAACCAAAGAAAAAUCUAAUUCCGAAAAACGAGAUGAACCAGAGAAACCAAAAAAAAUGUCAAGAUUCAAGGCUGCUAGGAUGGGACUGAAGAACGAUGAUCAGUAGUUAGCAUAGAUAGUAUAUCUACAAUGAUCUUGUUACCUAAUAACAAUAAUAAAAAUAAUCAUAAAAAUAUUAUUCACU